AUGGACACCAGCCAUAUGCAACCCAUCAGGCUGGCCAGGGUCACCAAGGUGCUGGGCAGGACCAGCUUGCAGGGACAGUGGAUGGAGUUCAUGGAUGACACGAGCUGCAACAUGAAACGCCCCGUGCGCAAGGGCGACAUGUUUACCUUUUUGGAGUCAGAGCGAGAAGCUCUGAGGUUGAGCUCACCUUGUGUCUGGGUCCUGGAUAUCUGGGUGGACCAUUUGGCUCAUAGGGAUGAUCUGCGAUUAUUAAUAAAGCAUUCAUGCUGCAUGUAA